AUGGCCUUCCGGGACGUUUCGAAAGAAGCAUUCAUUGGGACUGUCACACUCGGAGUGAUUUUUACUGCGGGAUAUGUGUUCGGAAAGAAGAGACCUUUUAGAAUGAACUGUGGAAAAAGUCACGGCAGUAACGGGGAUAAUAACCCACUGAUGCAGUACAUUCUGCGCCACUCCAUGAGGGAACAUCCUGCCUUGGCUAACCUCAGAGAGAAAACAUUGGAGCAUGACAGAAAUGUAAUGAUGGUCUCCUGCGAACAGUCACAGUUCAUGGCCAAUUUGGCCAGACUGAUCAAAUCCAAGAAGGCCAUCGAGAUCGGAGUGUACACAGGCUACAACACACUAAGCAUAGCAUUAGCGUUGGCUGAUGACGGCGUCAUUGUGGCGUGUGACGUCAAUGAGAAAUAUGCUAAUGUUGGCAAACCCUUCUGGAAGGCGGCAGGAGUGGAAAAGAAAAUUGAUCUUCGCAUUCAGCCAGCAUUGACCACAUUGGAUGAGCUGUUGGCUGCCGGCGAGGCUGAAACGUUUGACUUUGUCUUCAUCGAUGCAGACAAAGUCAACUACGACGCCUACUAUGAAAAGUCUUUACAACUUAUCAGGAAAGGCGGCAUCAUCGCCAUCGACAAUGUCCUUUGGGGCGGAAGCGUGCUAAACCCAUCCCCGAAUGACCUGUCCACGGUGGCCAUCGACAAGCUGAACAAGAAGCUUCAUAGAGACACUCGCAUCAACCUCAGCAUGCUCACAGUAGGAGAUGGCCUAACGCUGGCUUUCAAGCUGUAG